AUGCGUAUCAUGUCGGAGCCACUACAAUCACAGCCACAGUCUUCUGCCUCACCCCAAGAUGAACACCACAACGAGAAAGAUGCUAUGGGCUCCCGUCUCGAACCUGUCGAGACAGGGGCCUCAUACGUUCCUCCACAUAUGAGCACCCUUCAACGACGCCUUGUAGUCUUGUCUCUUUGUUUAACUCUUUUUCUGUGUGCGUUGGACACGACUAUCUUGGCGACUGCUCUUCCUACUAUUGGCAAUGAACUUUCUGUUUCGGCUCGCGAGUAUGCUUGGAUUGGAUCUUCGUAUACCCUUUCUACAACAGCGGUGACGCCAGUAUGGGCCAAGAUUUCUGACAUUGUUGGUCGCAAGCCUAGUAUGAUGAGUGCCACUGGUCUCUUCAUGGCUGGUAGUCUCAUUUGUGCUUUGGCGAACUCGAGUAGUAUGCUCAUCGGUGGAAGAGUCGUUCAAGGUCUUGGUGGUGGUGGAUGUAUGGUUCUCAUCACCAUUCUCAUCGGAGACUUGUUUCCACUGAAGGAUCGUGCCAAGUACUAUGGUAUCACAGGACUUGUAUUUGGCAUUGCUGGAGCUAUCGGUCCAGUCUUGGGGGGUGUCUUCUCUCAAGCUGUUACUUGGAGGUGGUGCUUUUACAUCAACCUACCAUUCGAGGGUGUUGCUCUGGUUGCACUCUUCUUUCUCCUCAAGGUCAACAUCGAAAAGGAGCCUCUCAUCGACGGUCUACGCAGUCUUGACUGGGUCGGCUUCGCUUUCAUCAUCGGCGGCACCAUCUGCUUCCUUUAUGGCCUCGAAGCCGGUUCAGGUGGUCUCGCGCCCUGGAACUCCGCUUUUGUCAUCUGCUUGAUCGUCUUUGGGUUCCUCAUACUGGUUCUAUUCAUGGUAUGGGAAGCCAAAGUCGCCAAGAACCCUAUCAUCCCUAUUCGAGUCUUCCAUAGCAGGACGAACAUUGCUGCCUUUGCAGUGGCAAAUCUGCACUCCUUCAUCUUCAUCUCGUACGACUACUUCUUGCCUCUUUACUUUCAAGUCAUCCUGGGUUUCUCACCUAUCAUUUCGGGAGUCACAUUAUUCGCUCUCAUCAUUCCCAUGUCCAUCUCGACAGGUCUUGGUGGCGUCUUCGUUAGAAAGACCGGGAAUUACAAGAUCUUGAUCCUCAUUGGAGCCACCCUCAUGACUCUGGGAACAGGCCUCUUUAUUAGCCUCGGUCAACGAAAGGAAUGGCCUAAGCUGAUCAUCUUCCAGAUCCUCGCAGGUCUGGGAUGUGGUGUCCUCUUCCAGAACCCCAUGAUCGCUCUGCAGACUCACGUGCGUCAGAGAGAUAUGGCGGCGGCAAUGUCAGCUUACACUUUCAUGCGCGGGUUGUUCGUUUCCAUAUCGCUCGUUGUAGGAACAGUCUUAAUUCAGCGAACUGUUCGCGGUGGUGAAUUGACGCAUGUGUCAGAGGAUAAGGAGCAAGGCGAGACUGAUAAACAGGGGUAUAUCAGUGGACUGAGAAUUAUGUGGGCAUUCUACACAGCCCUUUGUGGAUUGAUGGUGGUCUCGGCUGUCUUUAUCCUCCCCAAGCCCAAGAAGACGGAGGCAAGUAGCGAGACUGGCAGUGACGCGCAACAGAGCGAUAAGACAGACGCGAUAGCUUAG